AUGUGUCAGAGGAAACACCGUUUCAACUGGCUACUGGGGUCAGCCUGCAGGCACCCGGCCCGCCACAAGGAGUCGCUAGAACCAAGCCCUAACGUGGCGUUGUGUUCCUCAGGCCCUAACGUGGCGUUGUGUUCCUCAGGCCCUAACGUGGUCCCGACCCCCUUGUACCAGAACCCCCAGUGUUCCAGGACCCUCCUUGUACCAGAACCCCCAGUGUACCAAGACCCCCUUGUACCAGAACUGUUACAACAGGACCCCCUUGUACCAGGACCCCCUUGUACCAUAACUGUUACUACAGGACCCCCUUGUACCAGGACCCCCCUUGUACCAGGACCCCCUUGUACCAGAACUGUUACUACAGGACCCCCCUUGUACCAGCACUGUAACUACAGGACCCCCUUGUACCAGAACUGUUACUACAGGACCCCCCUUGUACCAGGACCCCCUUGUACCAGGACCCCCUUGUACCAGGACCCCCUUGUACCAGAACUGUUAUUACAGGACCCCCUUGUACCAGGACCCCCCUUGUACCAGGACCCCCCUUGUACCAUGACCCCCUUGUACCAGAACUGUUACUGCAGGACCCCCCUUGUACCAGGACCCCCCUUGUACCAGGACCCCCCUUGCACCAGGACCCCCCUUGUACCAGGACCCCCUUGUACCAUGACCCCCUUGUACCAGAACUGUUACUGCAGGACCCCCUUGUACCAGGACCCCCUUGUACCAGGACCCCCCUUGUACCAGGACCCCCUUGUACCAGAACUGUUAUUACAGGACCCCCCUUGUACCAGGACCCCCCUUGUACCAGGACCCCCCUUGUACCAUGACCCCCCUUGUACCAGAACUGUUACUGCAGGACCCCCUUGUACCAGGACCCCCUUGUACCAGGACCCCCUUGCACCAGGACCCCCCUUGUACCAGGACCCCCCUUGUACCAUGACCCCCCUUGUACCAGAACUGUUACUGCAGGACCCCCCUUGUACCAGGACCCCCCUUGUACUAGGACCCCCUUGCACCAGGACCCCCUUGUACCAGGACCCCCUUGUACCAGGACCCCCCUUGCACCAGGACCCCCUUGUACCAGGACCCCAGUUGCACCAGGACCCCCUUGUACCAGGACCCCCCUUGUACCAGGACCCCCCUUGUACCAUGACCCCCCUUGUACCAGAACCCCCUUGCACCAGGACCCCCUUGUACCAUGACCCCCCUUGUACCAGAACUGUUACUGCAGGACCCCCCUUGUACCAGGACCCCCUUGUACCAGGACCCCCCUUGCACCAGGACCCCCCUUGCACCAGGACCCCCUUGUACCAGGACCCCCUUGCACCAGGACUCCCCUUGUACCAGGACCCCCCUUGCACCAGAACUUACUACAGGACCCCCCUUGUACCAGGACCCCCUUGCACCAGGACUCCCCUUGUACCAGGACCCCCUUGCACCAGAACUUACUACAGGACCCCCUUGUACCAGGACCCCCUUUUACCAGGACCCCCCUUGUACCAGGACCCCCCUUGCACCAUAACUGUUACCACAAUAACUUAG